CUGUGUCCCAUCCACAGACCACAGAGAACAUGUGGAUUGUGGAUGCAUGUUUUCAUUUCUAAGCAGGUCCGGAUCCUCUUGUCGAGGUCAGUUCCUCAACGAUCGACACUGGUCGAGGAUAGUACGAAAACAACGAGCAUCGGAAAAACCUGACGGCUGACCUCAGACAUGAUCGAAUGGGAUUCGGGCCUGGGAUCAUGGAGCCUGAUCACCGCUCAUUGAUCACUGAUCAGUCAUCAGUCAUCAUUUAUCAGUCAUCUUCGGCUGGCUGUACUAAAUGCUGCAUACUACGUUAGGAAACCUUUAGUGUGAUCUGCGCCCGCAGGGAACCUGCUUCUGACAGCCGCCAUCCUACGGACGCCGUCUCUGCGCCGCACCAACACCAACCGGCUGGUGCUGCACCUGUGCCUGGCUGGUGCAGUGGUGUCCGGCACCAACGUGCCCCUGGUGAUAUCGAUCCUGGUGGCCUCCGUGGUUCGGCAGAGCCUGCCGCCGGCGCUGCUCAGUCUGCAGACCCUGACGUUCACGGCCGGCGUCACCUGUCAACUGGGCCUUCUCUCAGCCAUCAGCUACGAGCGGUUCCACUGCGUCACCUACCCCUUCCGCACCACCGACCGCCAGGCCAGGCGGCUCAAAAUCGAGCUCGGCGUUGUCUGGCUGGUGGCCCUGGUUUGCAGUCUGAUAGACGUUCGUCUGACUCCGGACUCGGCUCUAACCGUGCUGGGCAGGGCGGGUCAGCUGCCGCACAACUUCGCCAACUCCUUCUGCCUGCUGCAUUUUCCAGUGGGCGCCAUCAACAUUGUCAUCAUAGGGACAUUCUACCUCCGCAUUUACCUCGAGAUCAAAGAGCACGUGAGGAAGAUGACCGACAAGACGCUGGCCCAGCGCACGCAGCAGGCGGUGGAGCAUCCCCUCGAGCCGGCAUCAGUCUCCGGCGGGCGUCGGAUCAGCUUCCUGCAGCCCUCCGGCUCUCCCGUGUCCGGUCCCGCCUCCACGUUCCUCCCGAACCUGCCGGGGCUGAGGAGCGUCGCCCGCAGUCGCCGCCACUGGCUGCCCAGGCUGCGGGUGUUCCCUGCCCGGCGCCGCCCGCCUCACCCCUCGGCAGCCCGGCUCGGAGCGCCGGUCGAGCAGCGUCCUCUGGCUUCUGUCGGGAGCCCUCGCAGUGAUCCAACUCUGCCGCUGCUCGACCCGGCGGCGCUACGGUCGCUGGUGGAGCCGGAGCACCGCCUGCUGGCCGGCGCGGUACGCAGCGAGAGGCUCUCGGUGAUCAGAGAGCCGCCAGACACUCCGCGACUCGCCUCUGCCGACUCAGAUAGCGGCGUUGGCGAGUCAUCCUGCGGCACGGAGGGCGCGACCGAACGAUCCACAGCUCGGAGCGCAGCAAACGCCGAGGGCGAGAUCUAUAACUCGGCACCUAGCGCCCCUGGCGGCCGACCUCUCAGCUUCGCUGGGAUUCCUCUGAUCGACGAAUCUGACGAGGAAGACCCUGAUGAUCCUGACACCGUCGCUGUCGCCAGUGACGAUGACACCUCUGUCGUUGCCGAUGCUACCCUGCAGCGCUGCCCGAGCUCGCGCCGUCGUCCAGCUCUGCUCGAGCUGAGCUCUGUGGACGAAUCGGUGGGCCCGGUACCGGCGGUCGACAUUGACGGCAACGUAACCUUCACUCGCUCGACACGACAGAAUCGACUGGUGGGUGCCGUGUGUGUCAUGAACAGCAAGGCCAGACUGCGAGGCAAAAAGAAAAUGGAAGGAAAAAUGGCCGUGCGGGCCGUAUUGAUAAUCGUCGCUUUUCUUCUGUUCUGGCUACCUCUCGUGGUCUGCGCCGUUGUGUCCGAGUCGCUGCUUAGUACGGAUUUUGGUCGCUGGUCGGCGCUCCUGGCGGACCUGCAGGUGGUAACAAUGUGCUUCUGUAAUCUGAGUGUGGUGGCCAAUCCGGUGUUGUACGGAGUUAUGGUGCAGCAGUACCGGACUGCACUGAGACAGCUGCUGCCGAAGGGCUGUGCGUCCUGCCGCCGGUAAAUGCUGUGAAAUCGGUGCGGAGUUGGUGGUUUACCGUGCAUCGUUCGUUGUUCGUGGCUUGGUGCAGUGUCAGUGUCCUGUGAUGCAGUGCUAUUGGUAAAGUGCAAUGGUGCGGUGCUAGUGUUGUGUAACAUUAUGUCAUCGGUCCAGCAUACCGAUGCUGAUAAGAGCUGACAGCUACCUCAAUGAGGUUUUAAUAAUGAAAGGUUUUUUUUUGUGCUUGGCUAAGAAUGAAAACCGCCUAAGCGGAGCAGGUCAGCCUGUAUAUGAGUUUCAGGUAUUCUGUAUCUCUGAUAAUGAGCUGGAGCAUGAUACGUUAUACACAUGCAGGCUGAUAAAUGAUGGUCCAGUUUACUCCUCAAUUACGCACCGACAUAUGACUGCUAACGUCUUGUUCACAUCGUCACAGGGUAAAAUAAUCGCCCUUUAUUUAAAUUUAAAUGCAUUGUCGCUUGUCGAUGAUUCAUUUAAAGCAUGGAUGGUUGAUUUGUGACAAGUGUUGUGCAAGCUUAUUUGUAUUGUGUGAAUGCAGCAUUGACUGGGUUAUAUAUGACUAUACGUAUAGGUAAUAUUUCACAAUGAUUGUUGUCUGAACCUUCAGGUGCCUAUCACAAAUAAAUGUACGCGAAGCUAA